AUGGCUGCAAAUCCUCUGCCUGGCUCCCAGGCCACACCAACACCUGCGCUUUUCCUAUCAGUCUCGACUGAUUCCGAAUCGAGCACCAUUCACCCUGUCACGGAGCCAACGGCCGAGAACAUUACCGUGAUGCAGGGGUUUGAGUGGUAUGUGCCUGCCGAUCAGAAGCACUGGGUGCGCCUGAAGAAGCAGGUGCGCCAGCUGAAGCAAUGUAAGGGAUCGUCUAAGGACGGCAACGGAUACGAUAUCUACGACCUCAACGACCUGGGCGAGUUCGCCCAGAAAGGGUCCGUGGCCGGCGCAGAAAACAAAGACGCGCAGGGGCACGAGCAGGGCCGCAAGGUUGCGGCAGAACGAGGCACACGCACUGGGGCGUCGACGUCGGCCAGCGGCAGCAAGGGACACGCAGCAAGGGACACGCACGUUAACAUAGUCGUCUAA